UGGGAAUUAUUCCGAUAUCAUAAAAACCCAUCUAACUCUCUUUCUCAGUGUAUUAGUAAUUAAUUUAGCCCAUCUCAUUCUCCUUCCCUGCUCUUCUCUUAUUUCUUGCUGUCAGUUGUUUGCUACCCAUUUUUGACAAAGCAAGGGCCUGUAAUGGCAUCACCUGAGGUUGGCAGAGAUAAAUCUCCAUUUAUGCUUCAACCCAAAUCUCUGCCUUCUCCGGUCUCAAAAUCCUCAAAAACAAGCUCCUUUAAGGCUCAAAUAAUGCUCAGGGUUUUCGCUGCUGCUUUCACAUUGGCUGCCAUCUGUGUUAUGACCACAAGCUCCCAAUCCUUCCCUCUACUCGGCUUCACUAUUAAAGCUCACUAUAGUGACUCAUCUGCUAUGAGGUUUUUACUUGUGACAGACGCUAUUGUAUGCGCCUUCUCUGUACUUUCGGUGCUCUUUGUUUACCGUUUGAGCCGCUCAGGAUCAGAUAUGAAGUAUUGCUUCUAUCUUUUUCUUCAUGACAUGGUGAUUAUGGGGCUGGCGACAUCAGGAUGCUCGGCGGCGACGGCGGUGGGAUAUAUCGGGAGAUAUGGAGAAGAAAAAAUGGGGUGGAUAGCUGUGUGUAACCAUGUGAGGAAGUUUUGUAAUCAAAUGACGAUAUCCAUGGUGUUAUCUUACUUGGCCUUUUGUUCCUACUUUGCUCUUUCUGUUAUGUCCGGCAACAAAGUCAUGUAUCAGUAUGAAUCACCGUGAAAGGCAGGCAAGUCACAAGUGGUUGGUUGCGUCCUUCAAGAUUAGUGUUUGUAGGGAUUUUAUGUAUUAUUAUAAUAUAGGUUGGUGCGUGAGAAUAAAAUUAAACUUCUAAGAAAUUAAUGAAUGAUUUAAGGCGUGUGAGAAUGUCACUUUUUUAAGAUUAUAUUCGUCACUACCUAUAUAUAGUGUGCAAAAGAGUUACUGAUAAAUAAACCUCGAAUAUUGUAAAUUUUCAAGAUACAAAUAAAUAUAAAGUUUCAACA